AUGAGCCAGCAUCCAUUGGUUCAACGUCUUUUGGACGUCAAAUUUGACACCAAACGAUUCAUCAAUCUCGCUACUCACGGACCCGAAAACUUUCCAUACAGAGAAGGACAGAAAUUCUUCGCCGAUCACUUUGAUGUCACAAUCCAAGCAUCCAUUCUCUAUUUUGUGGUUGUUUUCGGAACAAAAUGGUUGAUGAGAAAUCGUGAACCAUUCCAAUUGACAAUCCCAUUGAACAUCUGGAACUUCAUUUUGGCCGCUUUUUCGAUUAUCGGAGCUAUCAAAAUGACCCCAGAAUUCUUCUCAGUGCUAUUCAAUAAAGGGCUUGUUCGUAAGUUUUUUGAUCGUUCAGCAAAAAAUCUAUUUUUUUCGUUUUUUUUCUCUUCAAAUAUUUUUGUUGAUAACAUUCAAAGUGUAGCAAAGACCAAUGUACUAAAGAAUGAUAAUUAUGGGAACAUUUUGAUCGAAGAAAAUAUAUAUUGUUUUCAGAAUCGUAUUGUUAUGAAUAUGACUUCAUCAAGGGUGAAAACGGAUAUUGGGUUUGGUUAUUCAUGGCAUCCAAGUUGUUCGAACUUGUUGACACAAUUUUCCUUGUUUUGAGAAAACGUCCAUUGAUGUUCCUUCAUUGGUAUCAUCAUAUUCUUACAAUGAUCUAUGCUUGGUAUUCACAUCCACUCAAUCCAGGAUUCAACAGAUAUGGAAUUUAUCUUAACUUCUGUGUCCACGCCUUUAUGUAUUCCUAUUAUUUCCUCCGAUCAAUGAAGAUCCGUGUGCCUGGAGCUGUUGCUCAAGCAAUUACAUCUCUUCAAAUUGUCCAAUUCAUUAUUUCCUGCGGAGUUUUGGCACAUCUUGGAGUAUUGAUUUAUAUCAAUGGAUCUGAUUGUGAUUUCGAUCCAAGUGUUUUCAAACUCGCCGUUUUCAUGGAUGUCUCUUAUCUUGCUCUUUUCAUCAAUUUCUUCCUCAAAUCCUACGUCAUCAAGGGAGGAAAAGAUAAAUACAAGAAGCAGAAGACUAAUUAG